GGUCGUUAAUUGCAUUAUUUUUGUCACUGUGACAUUUGCUUCAUAAUGUACACCCGGCAUUUAAAAACUAUCAUCCAGAGCUGUAAAACGUAGAAAAAAUAGCUGUCGCUAUAGAAGCCCCUUGUCACUGAAUCGUCAAUUGUAAAUGUCAGAUUUGAUGAUGCUAUUAUCCUUUUAAAGUUUAUCAUUUAUAAUAUCGUAUACUUUGAUUUCAUUUCAAAUUACGUUUACAUUAAUGAAAAUAACAUUGUUUUUAUAUAAUAAUUUGUUUGUGAAUCUAAAGAAUAUAGUCAUGGCACAAACGGAAGACACAGAACUCAGAGAUUUAGUUAUUGAAGCCCUAGAAAAAAACGGUUCGCUUGCAAAAAUUCGAGCUUUAUUGAGAGCUAAUAUUUUUUUAGCAUUUGAAGAUGAAACAGGAAACAAUAAAGAGAAUGUAAGUCUAGACAACAUUUUGAAAGUGCCGGAAGGCAUUCUUUCUUUAUCUAUUAUUCAUGAAUUUUUGGAAUUUUGUAACCUAAACAAUACUUUGUUUGUAUACAAGUCUGAGACUAGACAAGGUAAAGAAUAUAAUUACGGUGGACAGAAAACGUUACUAGACAAAUUGAAUUUGAGCAAACAAGAUAGUGUUAAUGAGCCAAUACUGGUGAUGUUACUAAAGAUUUUGUUGACACAACAACAAAAAAUAAACUUUGACAGCAAAGAUAACUGUAAUAAGAAAAAGGAAAACAAAAACAGUGCAUAUAGGGAUAAUCGAAACUGUACUUAUAUUGUUAACGAGGACUCCUCUACUGCCACUAGUAAUUCACAGUCAGACAAUUCGUUGGAUGAAAAAAAUAAAUUGCAUUUAAGGUUACAAAUGGAUAAUUCUGAUACAGAUACCUCAAGUGACUCAGCAAGAGACAAGACAAGUGCUGAAUAUAUUUUAAAUCAACAUGUCAUCGAAUCCAAUCAAUAUGGAGAUGAAUCUUUAGAAAAAAAUAUAAAUAAUUCAAAUUCUAAUAAUGUAGUAGUACCAUCCCCUUAUUAUUUGAAUGAUUUAAAAACUAACAACAACAGCAGUAGUGACUCAACAUCAUAUGUAGAGUUAAAGCCAUAUAAUUCAGUUGAUGAAAAAAUGUUGAAUACUAUGGGUGUACCCACAUUAGACAAUAAUACUUUAGAAAAUUCUACACAAUUUGCACAGGAUAAAUUAAUGGAACAGACUGAUAUUAAAACAAAUGAAAGUAGUCAAAAAGUUGAUACUGUACCUUCACUUUCUUUAAACAGUGCAUCAUCUACAUCACUGAAAUAUGACAAUAGUAAACAGUCACAAAGUGAUAAAAAACUUGAAGACCUUGGAAAGUCUGAUGUUGAAACUAUAGAUUAUAGUAAUGAUUUCUCUUCUACAGCAAAUUCAAAACAAGAAUAUGAAAAAGCAAUGCAUUCAUCUAAUUCUGUUGAGGAAGAUGUCUCAAAAAUAAAUAAAAAUCUAUCUACUGAUAGCCAACUUCAAAACUCUCAGGAAUCUCAUAGUUCUAUUUCCAUAUCUGAUGUUGCAGAUUUAAUUAGUGAAAAAAGUUCCUCAUUUGGGUGUGAUAAAGAUACUUCAUGUAACAAGAAACUUAAACCAUCAAAUGACAUAAAUAUAAGAAAUAGCCCUAACAAUGAUGAUGAAUCUGGUGAUUUUUCAGAAUCACCUGUUCCAUCUCUCUCUAAUUUAAGUCUUGAUGUUCAUACCGAUUGAGUAUUAACAUGGAAAAUUAGGAAUUGAUUGUAGAUAUAGCAAUACAUAUUUUGCAUACAAAUACCAUGCUUAAUUUUCAAUGUCAAUUUAAUAUUAUAAUCUACUUAUAAGUAUUAAAAUAUUAUAAAUUCCUGCCGCUCAGUAAAAAAUAAUAUUUAAUAAUAAUAGAAAAAUAAUAAUGUGCUCAUAACUAUGUAAUAAAUAUAAAGUAAACAAUUAAUAUUAAUUAUAAUGAUGUGAUAAAAUCUGCUGACUAAGAUAUGACCUAUAUGUACGUUACUUGUAAAUAUCUAGCAGACAUCUGCUGUAAUUGUUCAAUAAGAGUUUCAUAAUAUAUAUGUUUUCAAACUCUUGUGGUUGUAAAUCAAAAGUUAAUAUUUAUCAUUCAUGAUUACAAAUAUUUUUUAAUUUUUGAAAUGUUGACACCAUUUUAUGUUGUCAUGUUGCAUAUGAUGGAACAAUUGCUUGUGUUACCUGCACAUUUGCACACAUCUAUGUUAAAGCCAUAUAAAAAUAUGCUGAAAUAUAUGAAUCUAAAAAAAUUUGGUUUAAGACAGAGUAUAAAAUACCUAAAUAAGUCAUGGAUAUAAUCCCCAUGGAAUUAAUUUCCUUAGAAUUUUUUAUUCUUAAUAAACAGUAAUACAAUAUACUUAAUGUAUAUUGUAUUAUUGUCUUCACUUUGUAACUGUUGCCAUGUGUCCAAUCCUUGACUUUAAUUUGCAACUUCAAUUUGCAUUUUGUUUUUUAAUAUUAUGACAUUACUCGUCAUAAUUUAAUUUUUAAUAUAUUGUAAACUUUUGUUCUAUAUUCUAUCUCUAUGUAAUUACUGUUUAUAUUAUAAACAAAUACAUAAAAUAAACAUACAAAACAGGUUCUCUACAAUAUAAAUCUGACAGAAUCAGUAUGUUUAUGACAAUAUUUGUUAAAUAAAUUUAACUAGAAUGGCUAAAAGGUUAACAUGAACUUGGAACUAUGUAUAAUUGUAUGCAAUUUUGUAUAUGAUAAAAAGAUACCUGUAUUUUAAUGUAUAAUUUAGAUUAGUAGAACUGAAAGUCAAUCCCAAUUAUUAUAGAUUUUUUUUAUUUUUGUGUUUUUCAGUUCAUCUCUACAUAACCUAUAGAUUUUUAUUGAAUUGCACCAGUGCUUCAAUGUUUAAUAUCUCAUAAUCUCACAUAUUUUUGAGGUUUGUAGACAAGUAACACUCAUUUUCAUAAAUUAGUUUAUAAAAUGAAGUAAUGAAUAAUAAUAUUUAUUUUUAAUUUGUUUUUAAAUUUUUGUGAAACUAAAUGCAAUAGUUUUACUUAUUAGAACAAUAACUGAAUUUAAAUUUUUUGUAGAGUAGCAAUUUUCCUUGUUGCAAUUUUGUCAGCAAAGUUAUGAGGAAUAUUAAAAUAGGUACUUAAUAUUGUAUCCUAUUUAGAAAAUAAAAUAAAAUAAAUACUUGUUAGAUUUUUUAGAUAUUUAAAUUUUUGAUUUACAUCACUUAAUAGUCUGCUGGUUUAUUAUUAUGCCUAUUUUCAGUAUUGCUUGAUUUUUUUCAUAUAAUACAAUGUAAAUUUGAACAAUGUCACACCUUUACAGGGUAGAAAGAACAAACGGUACAAAGAAAGGAAGAAUAUUGCUUUAAUAUUAAAUAUAUUUUAUUUUGCUAGAAGGCAACAUUCUUUUGAUUUUAAAACUAAAAAUUAUCACAGAAAAAACAUAUAAUAUAUAUACAUAUAUUAUAUGUUUUUAUAUUAUAAAUUAUAAAUCAUAUUAUAAAUUAUAUAAUAUAAUAAUAAUAUCUCUCAAUAUUAUGUUUGUGUCAAUUUUAUGAAACAUAAAUAAUAGCAAUAAAAUGAUGUUCCGUUAUUUUAUUAUAGAUUGGUUACUGUGGUUUGGUAUGAAAAAAAAACUGUUUAUAUUUUGCCUUUUUAGUUAGUUCAAUUUCCAGCUGAUGUAAAGAAAUUUAUGAAUGCAUUUAUCCUUAAUGUUUCUUUAAAGUAAAAUUAAUUUAUUCUGUAUUGUACAUUCGUUUUAUGCCCUGUUCGUUUUUCGACCCGUAAGAAAUGAGUAAAAAAAAUAAAACAUGUUCUAUUUUUUUAAAUGGUAUUUAUAACUAUGUAUUUUCUUCUUGAUGUGUUCUUGUGUGUCAUUAAAUUUCAUGUAUUCAUCAUUAGGUAUUUCUAAAUAUAUGGCUAUAAAAUUGAAUAUUAUGUUCACUACUGCAAUUUUUUUUUUGCGCUGUAUUAUAAUAUUCCAAUAAUUUAAACUUAUACGUAUUUUCAGUUUUGAAAUUACUGAAUUAAAAAACAUUGUUUUCUGUUUAAUAUGCAUCUGUACUGUUUUUUUCUUUAAAUGGUUGUGCCUUAUUUAUUAUGGUAACGCAAAAUUGUUACGGGAUGGUUCCUUUUAAUAAUUCAAUAAUAAAUCUAGUCCUAAAUACAACUAGUUCCGUCCAAAUUGCUCCAAUAUCAUGUCUAGUGCUGAUGUCGGUCUGGUGUAAUGCAACUGUGCAUAUUUAUAAACUCAAUAAAAACUGUGCUCUA